CUCCUGUCUACAUUUUCCUAACAUCGUGAAAAAACGGCGCGCCAUUUCACCAUCCCGACUCGCUUUGUUUUCGCAGACUUGACAAAAUUUUCCAGUGUUUAUUUGUUCUAAGCACAGUCUGGGCAGCCCCCAACGUCCACAACAGGCUGCGCCGCCCCAGAUUGCACAACGUGGUAAAAUAAAAGAAUUGGUCAUUUUGAUCGUUGACACUCGGACGAAGGACAAAGGAGGGGAUCUAUUAAGUAUAUGUGUGUUAUCUGAACAGCGGCAUUGAGCAACAUGUUUGGUGGCGCAAAACCCAGCUUCGGAACCACUCCGGCGGCCACCAGUUUUGGCGGUUUUAGUGGCACCACGACAACGACUCCGUUUGGGCAGUCGACUUUUGGGAAACCGGCUGCUCCGGCCUUUGGAAACACCUCCACUUUUGCCGCCCAGCCUGCCCAACAAUCGUUAUUUGGUGCAACAGCUACGCCUGCUCAGCCUGCCGGAGGAUUAUUCGGUGCGAACACGUCUACCGGCUUCGGUAGCACGGCCGCAGCUCAGCCCACAGCAUUUGGAGCCUUUUCUCAACCGCAGCAAACUUCGAAUAUAUUUGGAUCCACCCAGACGGCUUCUAACACUUCCCUCUUUGGUCAAUCGACACUUCCCGCCUUUGGAGCCGCUAAGCCAGCGAUGACGGCCUUUGGACAGACGGCUGCUGCUCAGCCCACUGGCUCUUUAUUCGGUCAACCGGCUGCCGCUACCAGCACCACGGGAUUUGGGUCCUUUGGAACCGCGGCGCCGACAACCACGAGUGUUUUUGGAAGCGGCACCGCCUCGGCUUUUGCUCAACCACAGACUGCCGCAGUGGGGGCAACUGGAGUUAAUACGGGCACCGCUGUGGUUAAGUACCAACCGACACUCGGCACCGAUACUCUGAUGAAGAGUGGCCAGCCCAAUAGUGUGAACACAAAGCAGCACUGCAUCACGGCCAUGAAGGAGUAUGAGAGCAAAUCCUUGGAGGAGUUGCGCCUGGAAGACUAUAUGUGCGGGCGCAAGGGUCCACAGGCAGGUAGUGCUCCAGGUGCCUUUGGAUUCGGAACUCAGGUGGCCCAGCCUGCCCAGCCAGCAGCUGGUGGAUUAUUUGGCAACACAGCGCAACCAAGUACGGGUUUGUUUGGACAAACAGUGACCGAGAAUAAGAGCAUGUUUGGUACCACCACCUUUGGACAACAACCGGCAACCAACAGCGCGUUUGGGGCUCCGGCCCAACAAAACAACUUCCUACAGAAACCUUUUGGUGCCGCGACCACCACGCCAUUUGCCGCUCCGGCUGCUGAUGCCUCAAAUCCGUUUGGAGCCAAGCCCGCCUUUGGUCAGGGAGGAAGCUUGUUUGGACAGGCCCCUGCGACCAGUGCAGCUCCUGCUUUCGGACAGACCAAUACCGGAUUUGGCGGCUUUGGCACCACCGCCGGUGCAACGCAGCAGACUUCACUAUUCGGAGCUCCACCCGCCACCGAUCCAAAUAAAUCCGCCUUUGGGCUAGGCACCGCUGCUCCAGCAGCCACAUCAGGUUUUGGAUUUGGAGCUCCGGCCACAAGUACAGCAGGUGGAGGACUCUUUGGGAGCAAGCCAGCUACCAGCUUCGCGGCCCCCGCUUUUGGAGCCACCUCCACGGCCAGCACUCCGUUUUCCAGUUUUGGUUUAAAUACCAGCACAGCAACAACUGGAGGAGGUCUUUUCAACUCGGGAUUGAACAAGCCAGCAACAUCCGGAUUCGGAGGAUUUGGAGCUACGAGCGCAGCACCACUUAAUUUCAAUGCAGGCAACACGGGCGGAUCGCUUUUUGGGAAUACUGCCAAGCCAGCAGGAGGACUUUUCGGAGGAGGAACUACAACCUUGGGUGGCACAGGAGCUGCACCAACGGGUGGACUAUUUGGAGGCGGUACUAGUAAUUUCGGAGGAGUUGGAGGAUCCCUUGGCGGCGGCUUUGGAAUGGGUACUAAUAACACAUUAACUGGAGGUCUAAUGGGUGCUCAGCCAACAAUAGGUAUAAUGACGCCCUCGCAUCAGCCCAUACAUCAACAGAUCUUGGCCAGGGUUACUUCGCCGUAUGGAGAUUCUCCCAUUUUCAAGGAUCUGAAGCACAGCGACGAGUCAGAUGCAACCAGGGCCACAAAUCCAGCUGCCCAGCAGGCUGUACUAGACAUGACCAACAACCAGUACAAGAUUGCCACUAAAGACAGUCCGGCUCCAGUGAAGGUGAAGGCCCUGGGCAGUACUUUAAAUAGAAAAUCGCUCUUUGAUGGCCUCGAGGAGUUCGAUGCUACUGUGGAGGGCUUCAAUCUCAAGCCCAAUGCCAAGCGUUUGGUUAUCAAACCCAAAAAUAAGAACGUAGAAAGCGGGAAUCCCUCCAGCUCGAUUGGAAGUGGCCCUAACACACCGCAGUCUCGCUCCAAAGUGGGUACUCCUGGCAAGGAACGAGAAUCUUUUACCGGAGUUAUUCCUAGUGAACCACUAGCACCAGCAGGAAACUCGCCUGGAGCAGUAAAUGGGAGGGAUAGCCAGGAUAUCAGUCGCCGUGAGUCAUGGUUGCAUCCAAACAAUCUGGAAAAGGUGCGCCAGCAUAAUAUUCAGACCGGAUUGGAUCAGGGAUCGCCACAUAAUAGCACUCUUAAUGAGUUGGUGCCACGCAAGCCUCUGGAUACAUACCGCCCAUCAUCCACCGUUCGCCUCUCUGUGUCCACCAUCCCGGAAAACCCGUUCGAGGAUCAAGCUAGCGUCAUUGCACGACGGGAAACAUUCACUUCGGAGCAGGCCAAUGAGAGCGUUCUCUCCAGCAGGUCUCAUGAGGCGGACGAUUCUACAGCGAGCCGAUCUCGACUUGCCAUUGAGGCAGCUGCUGCAGAGGGCGCAGACUACGAGGCCCAUCCCACAGGCAUUGUUCUGCGACGUGUGGGCUACUACACAAUUCCAUCGCUGGACGACCUUCGCUCCUAUCUGGCAGAGGACGGAUCCUGUGUGGUGCCAAACUUCACGGUGGGUCGAGAAGGUUACGGCAAUGUUUUCUUCGGCAAGGAGAUGGAUGUGGCUGGCUUAAACAUCGAUGAGAUUGUCCACUUCCGCAAUAAGGAGAUCAUAAUUUAUCCCGACGACGAAAACAAGCCACCUAUUGGUCACGGCUUGAACCGAGACGCACAAGUCACUUUGGACCAAGUGUGGCCCUUAGAUAAGACUAAGCAUGAGGCUAUAAAAGAGCCACAACGCUUGCUCGAGAUGGACUGGGAGGGCAAGUUGCGGCGGGUGUGCGAUAAGAACGAUACGCGCUUUAUCGAAUACCGUCCGGAAACCGGCAGUUGGGUCUUCCGUGUCAAGCACUUCUCCAAGUAUGGCCUGGGUGAAAGCGAUGAGGAGGACGAGGUGCCCACCGAUCCGAAAAAGGCUAAAAUGACAGCGCUUGAGGCCCAACAGCGGGCGACCGCAGAAAAGAUGACACUUAACUCAUUGCGCCAGGCGCAGAAAAUUUCGGAGGAUUCAGCCCGUAAUUUGAAUCCAAAGGUUUUGUUUGCUGGAGUAGCCAGCGGAUUCCGUCCAAUGGAUGACUCCGCCGAGUUCCUGCUAAUGGAUAAAACACAAUUUUUUCAAGCCGGCGGCAACUCAGAUUUCUCUAUGUUUGAUGCACCGCGUCACCGACCAGUUGUUACCAGCCCCACGGCUGCUCUGGCCCAGGAUAUGGUCGGCAACGAGCCGCACAAAAUGCAAUUGAUGAAGUCAUCUUUUUUCAUAGAGGACAAUGCCACCGAGGAUGAACCCAUGGAGCCUGCUGGACGACUUCGUCAUCGCAAGUUUUUCAAUGCCGAACCUAAUGCCUGGAAAGAUGGGGCCUCUGAAAGCUCGAGUCAAUACGAUUUUGGGCACCCAUCACCGGCUCUGCCGGUCUCAUCGUCUGUCUCUGAGGCCAGCUUGAUGUGUGAUGCACAUUACGAAGAGACUUCUUCAAUGGGAACUGGGAGCAUUGUGACAGCUGUAAAGGAAAAAAAAACUGAAUCGACGAAAGCCUUUAAGUUUGUGUGCAAACCAAAAGUGGCACCUGUUAAGGUACAUGCCACUACCGUUCCCUUGCCUCGAUCCAUUGCACAUAAAAUGCGCGAUAUGUGGAUUGCCGAUCUGGGAUUCUACAAGGGACGUAGCUUCAAGCUUAGUUUCGGCCCACAAAACUCGUUGGUGAUUCCCAGCACGUUCAACAAUAUGCGCAGCCUUAAAGAAUUUACUGGACCAUUCCUGCCCGCCUCCAUGGUUUUCGCUCCCCGCUUAGCCACCGAUAUGUCACCCAAUGUAAUGCAGCUGGUGAAAUUUAACAUGGUCAAAGGAAAUGAGGGUAUCCGAGAGAGCAUUAUUCCUCAUCUAGAGGUUCAGCUAAGCAAUUGCGUGUCUGUAAAAGAAGACAAUGAGUGCCCGUGGUUGCGUUCCGACAGCGGAACAAAAUUAGUUUCCAAGCACUUCUCCGAGGCGCUUAAGCAGAGAAACGCUGGGCUAAAGGAGGACUACGCUGUGUCUGUGUGGUCGCUUCUCUUUGCGCUCUGGGGUGAUCAUGAUGAGUUGGUAGACCUGGAAAAGAACUCUCACUAUAUGGUCAUGUGCCGACGCAAUCUACUUUCCGAAUGGCUUGAAAAUACACUGAUGGGCAAGGAUCUGCUCUCGAAGAAGGUUAGCACCCAAAGCUACCUAAAUCAUAUGUUGGAAUUGCUAAGCUGCCACCGAGUAAAUGAGGCUUGUGAGUUAGCUUUGAGCUAUGAUGACGCCAACCUAGCUCUCGUGCUGGCCCAACUUAGUUCCGGUGCUGUCUUCCGGUUGCUGAUGGAGGAGCAGCUGUAUGCCUGGCAGCAAAGUAAGUCGGAUAAAUACAUUGACCUGGAGCGUCUUAAGAUGUACAUGCUUGCUGCCGGAGUUCCGAUGAUGCGGUCAUCUCAUGGAGCCAUCAAUUUGCUGGAGGACCACAACUGGCUGACAGUUCUGGCCUUGCAACUGUGGUACUUUACAGCCCCCACCUCGACUAUUACGGACGCCCUCAAUGCUUAUAACAGCGCCUUCCAAGCGGAGGAGUUAUAUGCCGAGCCACCGAGCCCCAGCUACAAGGACGCACCCACUGAUACUAAGAAACCAAUCUAUGACCUGCGCUACCACGUGCUGCAGCUGUACUCCAAGCGAAUGCAUUCCCUGGAAGAAACCCUCAAUCCGAUUACACACACCGCCGAUCCCAUGGACUUUCGUUUAAGUUGGCUGCUUUUACAAACUCUGCGAGCUCUCGGUUACCACCAUUGUUCUCCUUUGGUGGAGGCUCGCAUCUCAGUGGAUUUCGCUAGCCAACUGGAGAAUGAAGGCCUCUGGCACUGGAGCAUAUUUGUUCUGCUGCACAUUAAGCGAAGGCCUCACAGAGAACGAGCAGUUCAGCAAAUGCUCCAGCGAAACGUCAGCGUGUCCGCUAAGGUGCCUCUAAAUGCCGAAGAGCGCUUUGUCGUCGAAGAGUUGGGAGUUCCGAUGUCGUGGGUGGACUAUGCGAAGGCCGUCAAGGCAGGAUCGUCAGGAAAGCAUCAUCUUCAAGCGAAGUAUCUGCUAAAGGCUAAACAAUUUGCACUAGCGCACGAUGUAAUUUUCCAACACAUUGCUCCCGAUGCCAUUAUAAACGGAAAAAUGGAAUACCUCCACAGUUUGCUAAUUCAGUUUGAAGACCCAGAAGGGAGCAGCAUCCGAGUGCCCAACUGGGCCAACCAGGGUCAGAUAUUUUUGGAUUAUAUCGAUAUCAGUACCAAGUUUAAGCAGAUCCGUAAUGUGACCAACAUUGCGGACCUCAAUGCGCGCUGGGAGACUCUUAAGCCACAGCUCAGUGAACCAUGUUCGCGAAUCAGUCUGCUGCCGUGUCCCACAUCCAAACACCGGCUCUGCCAAAGUGAGAUCGCGCAGAGCCUCAGCUGUCUUGUGCACGGGAUGUGCAUUGUCUGCCCUGAGAUGGAGCCAUCCUCUGUGCUUAAAGUCGCUCUAGAACGACUGCCGCUACCGCAGGAAUUUUCCUCUAAGGAGCUGCGCAUCUGGCUGGAGGAGCUUAUGGAAAAGAUGGAGAACGAUAAACCAUUUAACGAGCAGCCACAGCCCACCAUGAUGGAGACAUAGGCACAGUAGACUACAAAGUUUGAAGAUACAAUGUUUAGUUUAGGUUCGAAUUAACUUAGGUAUUAUCAAUUGAUUAGCAUCUCCCUCGCAAACGAAAGAAAGCCAGAUGUAGGAUAGAUUCGAGAACGGCAUCAUACAUUCAUGAUUGCUUCAUAGUUAAAAACGUUUUGUCAGGAAAGACCAGAAAAAUUAUAGUUUUUUGUUGAUAUGUUUAAUUAAUUUCAUUUUGAUUGCUCGAGUUUUAUAAAUUUAGUGUUACUAAAAAGUAAAUAAACUGUGUUUUUAACAACGAU